AUGGCGUCGAUGCUUAGAGGCGCUGAGUACGAUACUCCGCUUAAUUUCGAGGAUGAAUGGGGAAAAAUCCAUAGAAUUGUUCUAGCGCUCAUUACUCAAGAGAGAGUGACGCAGCUAGAAUGGCAAGAUUUGUUUCUUGCCGUCUACAAGAUCCAUUCUUGGGUGGAAGAUGGGAAAAAGAAGCUCCAUUGUGCUAUCGACUAUAACGUAAAGGAAUACGUACGGAUGGCAAGAGAGCGCAUUAAUUGUCACAUUGAACGUGGUGAUCAAGCUUUGUUGCGAGCCUACAUACAGGAAUGGACAAAGUUUUAUCAACAAACCGCAAUUCUUCCUCUGCCAUUUAUGGCUAUCGAUCCUGAAACGGCUCCACCAGCACCGCUCCCGCCUGGUAGUGAGUCGCGUACUCCCAGACAAUAUCGAAGUAAAACCGUUCGGGAGGAAAUGCUUGAAACCUGGAAGAAGGUUGUCUUCCAACAUAUAAGUUUAAAGCUACUCUCGGCUGCCCUUCGCCUUGUCGAAGCUGAACGUAACGGUGAAGCUGUCGACGCUCGCCUCGUUAUCGGUGUUAGAGAAAGUUGGGUUGCUUUGUACGACCAGAGGGAUUGCUAUUAUGAAGAUGUCCUUGAGCAGUAUCGGAAACAUUUCGAACGAGAAUUUGUCGAAGAAACUGUUGCCUAUUACAAAAAGAGGGCUGCCCAGUACCUGGCCGAGAAUGGUGUUAUUAACUACAUGUCAUAUGCUGACCGAAUGUUAGAUGAAGAGGAGCAAAGAGCAAGGAAAUAUCUUAAUCCGAACCCGGAAAGCGUAGCAAGGCUUGUGGAAAGUUGUGUACAAGUCCUGGUGGUCGAGUUCGAGGAUCAAAUUCUUGCCGAGUGUCCUUCUUUGAUAGCGAAGAACGAUGUAGAAAAGUUGCGCAUGAUGUAUCGCUUGAUAAAACGGACACCAACAGGAAUAGAAGUUGUGCUCAAAGCUGUAGAUAACCAUAUCCGAAGUGAAGGUCUUGACGACAUGAAAGAAAACGCUAUGACGAUAACAACGGAUCCCGAGAAGUACAUCUCACAGCUUUUGAAUAUGUUUGAUCGAUUCAGUACCCUAGUAAAAGAAGGAUUUUAUGACGACGCUCGGUUGUUAACAGCUAGGGACAAGGCAUUCCGCGCGCUUGUAAAUGAUACGACGAUAUUUAGGAUGGAGUUACCUCUAGGGAAGAAGAGCCGAAAUACAGCGGUCGAGUCCAAAUGUCCCGAGCUACUUGCCAACUACUGUGAUCUUUUGUUGAGGAAAACACAGUUGAGUAAAAAGCUCACAUCUGAGGAGAUUGAUGCGAAAUUGAAUAACCUUCUUCUGGUUCUGAAAUACAUCGCUAAUAAGGAUGUGUUCAUGCGAUUUCACAAAGCUCACCUCUCAAGGCGUUUAAUACUUGACAUGAGUGCAGAUCAGGAAAAAGAAGAAGCUAUGGUUAAUAAGCUCAGGGAAUGUGGUAUGCCCGCAGAACACGUCAACAAACUCUUUCGAAUGCUACAGGAUAUAGAGGUCAACAAGGACCUUAACUCAAGUUUUAAAAAGUCAUUGGUUGGCACAAACAAUAACAAAACCCUAUCAGACCUUAUCAAUAUCAAAAUUCUCAACGGUGGCGCAUGGGGACGAGGUGGUGUUGGAGCAGAACGUGUUCGUGUGUCUUUGCCCAGGGAAUUAGAGGAGUUUGUUCCUGAGGUGGAGGCUUUCUACAAGAAGCAUCAUAACGGAAGAAAGCUGAACUGGAUGCACCACUGGAGCAGUGGAACGAUCAUUUUCGGAACGUCAUCGGGCGGUCGUUUUGACCUUGAAGUCACCACGUUCCAGAUGGCUGUUCUUUUUUGUUGGAACGACCGGGCUCAAGAGAAAAUUUCAUUCGAGUCAUUGAGGCUCGCAACUGAGCUUCCGGACACAGAAUUAGCAAGGACUCUCUUUUCGCUGGUCGCUUAUCCAAAGGUAAAAUCACAAAUCCUUCUAUGCGACGCACCCUAUCCCAUUAAUCCACGAGAUUUUACUGAUUCAACGCUCUUUUUCAUCAACCAUGAUUUUCAUUUCAUCAAGAAUGGAAAAGAACAACAUAGAGGACGUAUAAAUUUGAUUGGUCGAUUACAAUUAUCAAUGGAGUCAUCAGCAUCAAAGGAGCACGAGGAUAUAGUGGCGUUGAGAGAAUUCCGUGUCCAAGAAGCUACUGUUAAAAUUAUGAAAAUGCGGAAGACGAUUACAUCAGCGCAAUUACAAACAGAGUUAGUAGAGAUGCUAAAACCGAUGUUUAUCCCAAAUCGCAAACUAAUUAAGGAACAAAUAGAUUGGCUUAUUGAAAAUCGAUUCAUAGAACGAAAGGACGAUGACAUCAAUACAUUUGUAUAUGUUUCUUAA